UCUCUCCACCCCCACCAGCCACAUCUCCACCGACCGAUCGCGCGCGCGCGAGCAGACACCCCCAGCCCAGCCAAGGACGCGCCCAUGGCCGCACCGAUGGCCUCGCCGCUCACGGCCGUCGCCCGCGCCGCCCGCCUGCACCCUGUCUCCUGCUCCGCCUCCACGCCCAAGAACCCCAAGCAUUCGCCGCAACACCAACCACCGCGGCCAUCCACCUCUCCUCUACCAACGGCGCUCGUGGCCGCAGCGGCGCCGCUGCUGCUGGCGGCGCUCCCGCCCCCGGACGCGCUGGCGGUGGGCGGCGAGCUGGGCAUCCUGGAGGGAACCACAGUCGCGCUGCUGCACCCGGCCAUCAUGGGCGGCCUCUUCGCCUACACGCUCUGGGCGGGCUACCUCGGCUGGCAGUGGCGCCGCGUCCGCACCGUGCAGGACGAGAUCACCGACCUCAAGAAGCAGCUCAAACCGGCCGCCACCGCCGCCGUCGCCGUCGGAGCCGGGGACUCGGCCCCGCCCGCCCCUCCUGCCGCCAAGUCGCCCACCGAGAUCAAGAUCGACGAGCUCACCGAGGAGAGGAAGAAGCUGGUGAAGGGGUCGUAUAGGGACAAGCACUUCAACGCGGGGUCCAUCCUGCUGGGGCUGGGCGUCACCGAGUCCGUCGGCGGCGCGCUCAACACCUACCUGCGCACGGGGAAGCUCUUCCCGGGCCCGCACCUCUUCGCCGGCGCCGCCAUCACCGUGCUCUGGGCGGCCGCCGCGGCGCUGGUCCCGGCCAUGCAGAAGGGGAACGAGACGGCAAGGAGCCUGCACAUCGCGCUCAACACCAUCAACGUCCUGCUAUUCGUCUGGCAGAUCCCCACCGGGCUCGAGAUCGUAGGCAAGGUCUUCGAGUUCACCAAGUGGCCAUGAGCAUGAGCUGGUCUUGAUCACUCGAUACACAAGAAUUCCAUUAGGCAGGCAUGA